ACUGUAAUUUUUUCUGGCCAAAAUAAAUAACUGUAAUUGGAAAUAAAUAAUAGUAAUCUGAUAAAGAAGGAGUCGUACACAGUGGCAAUUUGGUGUUUUGCGCGUACGGCGACUGUCGAGGGAAAGAGUUCAUUUGAAAAUGGCAGUUCCUUCAAAUCCAAAAGAAAGCGGCAUUUGCCAUAUCAGUCGCCUCAUAUGAGUCAUGAAGAAGAACAUCUUCUCCAUCCCUCUCUGCCACUCUCAACUCCUUCUUCUUCCCUUCUUCCUCGCCACAUUAUCUCUCUCCGCUUCACUCCAUCUUCACAUCACCACCAAUGCAGCUCCCACUCACUCCCCCUCGCAGCGUCAACUUCUCUACUACAGAGACCAGUUCGGUGACAGAGGAGAGCUCGUGACCGUCGACCCUUCUUUCGUUUUCGAAAAUGAUCGCAUUAGAAACGCUUACAUUGCUUUACAAGCUUGGAAGGAAGCCAUUCACUCUGAUCCCCGAAAUUUCACUGCUAACUGGGUUGGACCCAAUGUCUGCAACUACACUGCCGUUUACUGUGCUCCCGCGCCGGAUAAUCCCAGGAUCCGUACAGUUGCCGGCAUUGAUCUCAACCACGGCGACAUUGCGGGCUACUUGCCUCGAGAGCUUGGGCUUCUUGCUGAUCUUGCUCUGUUCCACGUUAACUCUAACAGGUUCUGUGGUACUAUUCCCCAUGAGUUUCGAAAACUGAAACUGCUCUUUGAACUGGAUCUUAGUAACAAUAGGUUCGCCGGGAAGUUCCCGGAGGUGGUUUUGAGUCUUCCCUCCCUCAAGUUCUUGGAUCUGAGGUAUAAUGAAUUUGAAGGGACUGUGCCCAAUGAACUCUUCGACAAGGAUCUGGAUGCGAUCUUCAUUAAUAACAACCGGUUUGCGUUCGACCUUCCUGACAAUUUUGGGAACUCUCCCGUGUCGGUCAUCGUCCUCGCUAACAACAGGUUCCAUGGCUGCAUCCCGGCGAGCUUGGGCAAUAUGUCAAAUCUCAACGAGAUUAUUCUGAUGAACAAUGCCUUCCGUUCGUGCUUGCCGUCCGAGAUUGGGAGGCUGAAGAAUUUAACAGUGUUUGAUGUGAGCAUUAAUCAGCUGUUGGGUCCCCUGCCAGACACCAUUGGAGGUAUGGUCAGUCUCGAGCAGCUGAAUGUAGCUCACAAUCUGCUCUCUGGGAAGAUUCCUGCCGGCAUUUGCAUGCUGCCCAACCUACAGAACUUUACGUACUCUUAUAACUUCUUCACUGGCGAGCCACCGGCGUGCUUGGCUCUGCCAGCUUUUGAUGACCGAAGAAAUUGCUUGCCGGCGAGGCCACUGCAGAGGUCAGCAGCUCAAUGUAUGGCGUUCUUGUCUCGACCAGUUGAUUGUAACUCGUUUAAAUGUAAACCCUUUGGUCCUUCGCCAUCGCCCGGGGUGGUUCCUUCGCCACCUUCACAAAGUUCUCCGCCGUCCCCUCCGGGGGUUCCAUCACCUCCCUCACCUAGUUCACCUGCGCCAUCACCGGGAGUGGGUCAUUCACCACCUUCACCAUCGUCGGGAGUGGUUCCUUCACCACCUUCACAAGGUUCACCACCGCCAUCGCCUGAAGUGGUUCCUUCACCUCCAGAAAUUUCACCUUCGCCACCGGGUGUUUCGCCUUCUCCACCAGUUUACUCCCCGCCAUCACCUUCAAACCCAACUCCACCAUUUUCUUCUUCACCACCAUCUUCACCAGCUUACUCUCCACCAUCCCCUUCUAGCCCAACUCCACCAUCGUCUUCUUCACCUCCAUCUUCACCAGUUUACUCUCCGCCAUCACCUUCAAGCCCAACCCCACCAUCGUCUUCUUCACCUCCAUCUUCCCCAGUUUACUCUCCGCCAUCACCUUCAAGCCCAACCCCACCAUCGUCUUCUUCACCUCCAUCUUCCCCAGUUUACUCUCCGCCAUCUCCUUCGAGCCCAACUCCACCAUUUUCUUCUUCACCUCCAUCUUCACCAGUUUACUCUCCGCCAUCUCCUUCAAGUCCAACUCCGGUUUAUUCAUUGCCUCCGCCGCCGCCGCCUAGCUAUUCCUCAUCAACUCCAUCACCUCCGCCUCCAGGUUAUUCACUCCCUCCACCUUCCCCACCUUCAUCAUCGCCACCUAGCUAUUCACCACCACAGCCACCAAAUCCAACACCUCCCUAUUAUGUCUGGUCUCCACCACCGUCACCUCCAAAUUCACCAUCAACAACGCCUCCCUAUUAUCAUAACACGCCGCCGUUGCCCCAACAUUCUCCUCCACCAGGUAACUCACCUUCGCCACCUAUUUAUCCCUAUUUAUCACCUCCACCGCCCCCUCCCGUCGAUUUUCCUGUCCCAGGCCACACUCCACCACCUUGUGUAGAACCAACUCCGAUUCCAUCCCCACCGCCGUGUGACGAGCAUUCACCACCGCAUCCUCCUACACCUCACCUUCCGCCACCAUCUCCAUUUCCCCGACCACCACCAGAAUAUACGUCUCCACCUCCCCCUGUCCGAUACAGCUCCCCCAGACCUCCUCCGCCUAUUCGAUACGGUUUCUCACCACCACCUUCUCCUGUAUACAAAGGGCCUAUGCCACCUAUUGUUGGGGUCCCAUACGCGUCCCCUCCCCCACCACCCUUCUAUUGAUUCCUUUAAAAACUUUGCUCCUUUCGCAUCACCUCUACGAACAGCAAAAUUCAGUUAUAUUGGCGGGCAUUUCUUUUCUACUCUCAUCUUGUACCUCGUCAACUAUGAUCCCACUUUACGUGACUCUCGUCCCACGUGGAAGGAAAAGGGAAGAGAACACAAGGGUUUAUGCAGCGAAGGAUCUAUCAUCAGCACUGUUCUUAUUUGAAGUUUAUCAUUUCAUCAGUAGCUGUAAAAAAACAGAAGCUGUCACAGUAAAGUGAGGUAAGGGGAGAAAGUAUCUCGAUAUUGUUGAGUUGUUAUGAAUAUCCGAGUUCUGAAAUAAAAAAACGGCAGAGAAUAUUUAUGUAUAGGCGUGAAUUGGAGACCAUGAAUUUAGUGUUGCAAGAGAGGAGCACUUUCUGCUGAAGUUGAUUGCUUGUAUCAUUACUCUACUUUUGUUUCUUUUCCCUUCCAAUUUUAUAAUAUAAUCAAUGAAGAUUUCACUUGUAUUGACUUUUGCAACUGAGAUAAAUCCAUUUUCUCAAUCAAAUAUAUAUGCGGGGACAGGAAUGCUUUCCCAUUAAUCCGUUCACAAUCUGUGGAUCCAUUCCCCAGAGAAAAGAGGGAGGGGGGUUACGAUGCAGCUGAGAUUUGGAUCAAUUUGUUCAUCCUUAAAUGCUGUAUGCUUCAGCCUCACCUAACCGUUACUUUACUCUUCUACAUGUAGUGUGGUGGGGAUUUUUCACUUCGUGUUCAUGAGCAUAUGGCCAUUGCAUUAUUCAUUCAUACUCUCCUUGAGCUGGUUCUAGUUCUUCCUGUGGUGUCAUAUUGAAUAUUGAAGUUGGAUCUAAACCUGAAAUUGUUAUGGUGUUGUCCUAUGUUUGCUGUUUGAAAUGGUCCCCAAUCUCUGUUCGAGACGACUGCCAUGGGAUUCAGGCUACCAAUUCAGAUCAUGGUGGGACCAGAAUAGCAUCCGCAGAGUCACAUAGAGCAGCGCACAAAUGGCUCGAUUUUCUUCAAUUAAUUAACGCCGAUUGAGAUUUACUCUCCAUGUGGGAAGUUUCAUCUUCGCCUUGUGAUUUGAAUUGAAAUCUGUUUCCUCUACAUAUUCAAUUUUAACCAUGGCCAUUGACUGCAUCAAGAUUCUAGUCUAGGCCUGCAAUGAAUUUUGCUUGGUCCCUGUAUCAUGUCAUUUAGCUUUAGCCGCUUUGCUAGUAGGCCACUCAAAGUAGUUUCUGUCUAAACUUGAAGCUGAGUUUGGCAACAUCAAUGAACGAUUAGGUUUGUGCCAUUCACUCUCAAGCGUGAUA